GUGCCUUUUAAUCAAUACCUCCAACAACAAUCGAUUUAGUGCCUUUUGCAGGAUUGGAUGCCGCGAAAAUACAAAUUUCGACAUGGCAGCAUUGCCUAACGGUAGCAGUCGACGGCCAUGGACUCCGCCCGACCAUUGGGAUGAUGUGGCCAAGAUGGGAGACUUGAUCCCCAUGGGUUUCCAGCCCGACACUCGUGCGAAGCUCGUUGCAGCUCGGGUUCCUCUUGACCCCAAGUAUACGAUGUCCGACGUCGAGCAAUGGACGCCGUUGCACCUUCUGGAGGCAUGCCAAGCACGCAAUUUGACCGUGCAUAUGGUGAUUGAUUUGACGAACACGUUCAAGUACUACGACGGCGUAGCGGAGUUCACAUCCAGGGGCGUCGAGUACGUGAAGCUCAAGGUCGAAGGGUUUGCAGACGUCCCAACCGAAGACAUUGUCCAACGCUUCAUCCACGUGUUGUCGACAUGGGAAGAUACCUUCCGCCAACAACCUCCGAGCCAGGGGGACUUGACUCCCGUGGUGGUAGUCCACUGCACCCACGGCCUCAAUCGGACAGGGUAUCUCAUUGCGCGAUACCUCAUUGCGACGAAAGGCGUGACCGUGAAGGAAGCGCUCGCCACGUUCACGGCGGCUCGUCCCCCUGGGUUGAUCAAACACAUGUACGUGCAGACGUUGUACGACAUGUUCGACCAGAGCGACGACGCCGUCCUGCCGGAACUCCCGCUGUGGGCGAAGAACAAGUACGACCGCACCAAGCUCGCGCUCCAAGCCGUCAACAACAUGCCCCCCCGUCUGCUUCCUCCGUCCACUCCAGCUGCAAAACCCAAGUGGCGUCGCUCUGACCAGUCCCACUUGCGCCGUCCACCCGAGAACUGGACGGACCCCCCGCGCUUCGGUGCCGUCGUGGCCGACUCUCCCUUCCUCCCCAUGCGCACCCUAUUGGACGACACAUACCACCACGGCGCGGAACGUUGGACGCCCGCCACAUUUGUGGCCGAACUAGGGCACGACGUGCGACUUGUCGUGGACCUGACCAACACCACCAAGUACUACGACGGCCCGUCUGCGUUUCCAUCCACCAUUUCGUACCGGAAGUUUGCGCUGGAAGGCUUUAGCGCCGCGCCGUCGCCGACGUCCGUGGCGGCAUUCCUCGACCUCGUGGACGCGUUCGAACGGGACCACCCCGGCAAACACCUGGCGUUGCAUUGCACCCACGGACUCAACCGCACCGGGUACCUCGUCGCGAGCUACCUCAUCCGUCGCAAGCAGUACUCGGUCCAAGCGGCGCUCGACGCGUUCGCAGCCGCCCGGCCCCCCGGCCUGAUCAAGUUUCUGUACAUCGAUGCCCUGCACGACCUCCACGGGUGCUCAGCUGACGUCGUCACAUACCCGACGCUGCCGCCGUGGGCCAGUAAAAAGUACGCCAAACAAACCAAUCGACGCGUGCCUCGGCUAUGGCCCCCGCCCUCGUUUUGGACGUCCAUGUCCCCCCACGGCGCGUGGAUCCCUCUCCAGGACAGUACGGACUCUGUUGAGAAUGCCGACGAGGCCGACAAGGGCAGCCGCCGCGACGCAGCAGACGCUCCACCUGAUACUGCUGCUGUUUCUGUUAUUUCGUCGCGUGUAAAAGUUGACGUAGCCACCUCGUCUUCUUCCCUCCCCCCACGUCGUCGUCGUCGCAGGAUGAUGCACUUGCUGCCCAUGAAAGCCAUGCUGGACGAGCGGUACGAGUCGGAUGGAUCGUGGACGACGGCGUCGUUUGCGUCGGUGGUUGCCGACUCGUUCGUGCACGGCAUCGUGAGUUUGGACGAACGAGAUGCGUACUAUCCGGACGCGGAGCUGCCGCCGACGCUCCGCCGCGCGUACGUGCCGGUUCGGUCUAGCCAGGUGCCGCCGCAGUCGGACGUGGAUGCGUUCGACCGGACACUGCGGACGUGGCAAGCCGAGGUGGGGGAUGACACGGAGCUGCGCGUGGCCAUCCACUGCUCGGCGGGCGGACGGACCGGCUUCUUCGUCAUCCACGCCCUUGUGCACUUUGCCAAAAAGUCGGUCGAUGAGGCCAAGGCCAUAUACGAGACCGCGUGGCCCCCUGGGGUCGUGCCCAAGAACUUGCUCAAGAACUUGUACCAUCUCGAACGCCAAAGCAACCGGGCGUUGCCGCCACCAAGCGCAGAACGCCGCCGAUGUCGCAGCCGGAGCCGGGACGACUCGGAACGACGCGCCUACAGCAGCCGACGCAGCCACGAGCGGAACCAAACGGUGUCGCAGAAUCGUUUCGAAGGACAGUACAAUCCACAGUGGCGGCCGCCGUCUACGUAUGGGAACCGGUGGGGCGACGGACGAGCAGACCAGUGGAGCCAACAACCCCAAUAUCCCCACCAUCCCCACUAUGAACCCCACCAUCCCUACUCUCAACCCCAAUAUCCCCACCAUCCCCACCACCACCACCAAUCGCCCGAGUAUCAACCAGAGUACUACGCGUAUAACCAGUCGACGGGGUCGACUGAUUCGUACGGAAGGGCCGAGCGCGGCUCCACACCUCGUCGCAAUGGAUCCCGGUCGCCAGUGUAA